AUGCGACAUUCAACGUACGUCGAGGUUUUUUUGCGUAAUAUUGCCUAUAAUGUCGAAUGUAUUCGCCGUAUCGCUGGAAAGGCGGAACUUAUUCCUAUGGUGAAGGGCAAUGCGUACGGACACGGCAUGGGGAGAGUUUCUGAAUAUCUACACAAUGCGUGUGGGGUACAUAAAUUUGGUGUGGCCUCACUUGGCGAGGCGCUUGAACUCAUUGAAAGUCAACCUUCCAUAGCGGAGAAGGCACAGAAUGAGAUCUUUGUCUUCUCCGAUACCGAGGUGUUGAAUGAGGGUUGUCAGAGUUAUUACCAACCGUGUGGGCGGUGGGCGGUGCGACUCACGCCAAUUUUGGGAACACUUCCACAACUCAAGGCGUUUUGCGCCUCCAAUGCGUUCAACAACUCCAAGUUAUGCUUAAAGCUUGAAACCGGCAUGAAUCGCUUGGGUCUACGCUUUGACGAGUUGGAGGAAGCCGUACCAAUUUUGAAGCAACGGGGCGGGGUUGAUCUCCUUCUUCAACAUUUUGGCAUUGCGGGUUCGGUGGAGCGUCUUGCAGAGACACUCAACCACUACGAGGCAUUUAAAAAGGCAAAGAAGUUUCUGCACGAUAGUGGUGUGGAGGUUCGGGCCACGUCGGUAAGUAAUUCGGGUGCUGUGGAACAACGGAUUGGACUGGAGGAGACGUACAUACGCCCGGGAAUUAUGCUGUACGGCCCACGCAGUGUCACCAGCAAGAAUUUAUGGAAUGGGAAGUUUGCUAGUUGCUUCUACACUAAAGUAUUGCACCACUUUCCUUUAAGAAAGGGUGAAGGUGUGGGUUACGAUUUGACUCCUGUAAAAGCGGAUAGCGUUAUUGUGAUGCUGCCGAUUGGUUACGCGGAUGGCUUUUUAUGCACAUACAAGGGGAUGCCUAUCAACGUGACGCCUGAAGACGCUGCUGAACCCAUCAUUGGGACUGUGCACGGUCGUAUUAAUAUGGACAUGGCGGCAGUCGUGGUUUACCCAGAAGAGGUUGGUAAAAAUAUUGGUAACAUCAUGGCUGCAGUGAAGAAGGAAUCACGCAUCCGUGUCUGGGGAGAUGACAUUGAGGAAAAGGCAGUAUCUGUGGGGGCAAUUCCGCACCAACUUACCUGUGGGCUCUCUAUUCGUGUUCCAAGAAUAUACAUGUAG